CACGUCGAAAGCAACUUCAUGGCCCGGGAUAUGUUUUUUGCUGUUGCGAGCUGAAAUCUGGAUUAUUGCAAGUUCUUUCCAAUGUCUAAUUUACAUCCUCAAAUGCUAAAACCUUAAUAGUUCAACUAAUAAAUCAGAUCACGAUGGCGGACCUGGAGGGUUUGAAGAAGGUGCUGCGGUCGCUGGUGGUGUCGUCGGCGACGACGAUGGACGCGGCGUCGCUGCUGCGCGACUACCGGCGCAUGCUGGGCGAGCCGCUGCCCUGCGCCAAGCACGGCUUCCGCGACCCUGUGCAGUUUCUGCGGGAACGCUGCUCGGAUUGUUUUCUGUUUGCAGGGCCGCAGAACAAUCCCAUACUGACCCUCAUUGUCACGGACUCCAUCAAACACAUUGACCAGUUUGUCCAGAGCCAAAAGUCUUCAAAGCUGGCAAGGGGAAAACGGAGAAGCGUGCCAGAGUCCAUAAUUAGAAAACCACAGCCUAAUCUAAUAGCAACCACAUUCAACCAAGAAACCAACAGAAUACCAAAUGGCAGACCAAUAACCACACCCAACAGAGGAUACACAGAAGGAAAACCACCAACAGAACCUAGGAAACCAGAACCAAUGGCACACACGGAUUCUUGUAAACUGCAACCAAUACCACAAUAUUCAGAACCUAGGAAACCGGAGCCGGCUCCACCACUAGUCACAAAGCCUGUUAAAAUGACUCCAAGAUCAAAUGCCAAGAAGGCUGAAUCAGAGUGUUCAGAUACCCCAUCAGCGAAGGUGGAGCCAGUAAGCAACGGGCACAGCGAGCAGGAAGAAGUAGACUCACACCAGCGGUUGCAGCGGUUCUAUAAGAAGCGGAUGCUAGUGUACCAGUCGCAGAAGCUCGACAGCAAAGAGUCUCUCCGGGACGAUGAUUCAGGCCGGCAGACUUCCUCCAGCCUGAGCGAGCGGUCGGCGUCGGCGUGGGCGACCCUGCAGUCCGAGAUAUUGCGGCUGGUGGCGCGGCGACCUGAAGGCGUCUGGUGCAGCGAGCUUAUACGGCUGUAUGGAGAGGAAUAUGGUCACGAGCUAAACUUCGCUCGCUUCCGCUACCCGUCGGUAUCGGCGUGUGCGUGCGCUGUAGAAGGGUUAAAUGCGCAACGAGCCGCCGACGGCAACUGGCUGCUUACUGUACAAGGAGCAGAGGAGCCGAGCAUACGUUGCGAGCCGGCACUGCGCCUGCGCCGAGUUCCGCGAGACUCCUCGCUCAGCGCCAGCAAACACGCCAGUCGCACGCUACUCGACGCAGAUGACGCUCUACCUGGCAUAGACUAUGACCCAGACGUGUUCCCCUCCGACUGCCUGAGCUUCCUGGAGAGCAUCCCACCGGGCAGCCUGGCCGAAGUGGCCCCUGGAGACAUGCUGCCUGUAGUGGUGGCCGAGGUGUACUCCCCGAGCCAUCUGUGGCUACAGCGGCUGGGGCCCGAGCACGAGCUCAUGCAGGAGCACAUGGACCAAAUGACGGAGUACUACUCGAAAGGUGAGGGGACGGACCGCGUGCUAGCCGCCGGCGCGCGCCGGCCGGGGCAGUACUGCAGCAGCGUGUUCGAGGGCGACUGGCACCGCUCGCUCAUCGUUCAGAUCGUCGAUAGUGAUACGGUCAAGGUGCGGCACGUGGACUACGGCACGGUGGACACGGUGGCGGCGGCGGCGCUGCGGCCGCUGCGGCGCGGCUGGGCGGCGCCGGCGGCGCAGGGCGUGCGCGCGCGGCUGGCGGGGCUGCGGCCGGCGGCGGCGAGCCGGCGCUGGCCGCGCGCCGCCGCCGCGCACUGCCUGGACCUGGUGCGCGAGCGCCGCCUCGUCGCCAACGUCGUGGCCGUGGACCACGAGGAAAGCAUCCUGGAAGUGUUCCUCAUCGACACGUCGACCGAGGAGGACGUGAACAUCACGGAGCAGAUGAUCCGCGCCGGGCACGCGGACGCGCGCCCCCUCCCCGCGCUCGGGGCGCGGGACGGCUACCUGCUGCCCACCUUCCACGCGCUCGAGCACGGCCUCACGCCCAACUACACCGAGAUCCACGCGCUGCUGCGCGACGGCAUCGCGCUCGACUUCGUCGACUCCUACCGGAACCACGUCGCGGGGCUCCUGCCGAGCUCCAGCGACGACAGCAGCGAGCCGGCCGAGGCGGCCGAGGCCGACGAGCGCACGAGCGAGCUCGGCUACAGCCCGCCGCCCACGCCGCCCCCCGCGCUGGCCGCCAACCGGGUGCCGAUGGCGCUGUCGCUCCUCCGCCUCGCCCCCUCCCCGCCGACGGUGGAGCUCCUGCGGCUCAGCCCGGAGCCGUCGCCCGUCCCGAACUCCACCCCCGCCGCGUCGCCGCGGAAUCAGUCGGUCGAGCUAGACUCGCCCGUCCCGGAAAUUCAGGAGCGGUGCAUGACCCCGGUGAGCUCCACCCCCGCUGCACCCCCGGAGCCGGAGUCCCCCUCGCCAGCCAAGCCGUGCUGCGGCGCCGCGUGCCGCCCGGCGCCGCACCCCGCGUCGUUCUACGCGCUCCCGUACUGCCCGUGCUCGCAGGCCUACAAGCCGCAGGUGCAAGUUCCCGUCUCUGUGCCCGUGCUCCGCCAUUACUCGCCCGGGUACUUCCGCCCGCGCGUGUCGUCUCACCAGUACUAUCCCCAGUUCAGGCCGCCGGUCGGUAUGGGCUACUAUGCCGGCCAGCCGGUUUUCCAUCAGGCCCCCCAACAUUUUCCGGUCGCGCCCCACCCUCAAAAUUUUGUACCUAAUUCGGCACAGAAUCCCCAGCGGUUCGUUCCGAACUCGAUGCAUAAUCCUCAGCAGUUCGUCCCGAAUUCGACACAAAACUUCAGGCCGUACCCGGGCGCGAUAAAUCCACCCGGCCCCGCGCCUAACUCACCAAAUUUCGGACCUAACCCUGUACCGAAUCCGUCUCCCGUCGGGCCUGCACCUACUCGGCAACAUAAUGGCGCCAGUUCACCAAAUCUGCAAUCCGCGAGCCCCGCGCAAAACGGCCCGCUCCGAGCGUCGUCAAGCUCCUCGAAUGGCGCGGACGGUCCCUCGGUGCGGUUAAGCGCAGAAGAGUGCGAGAUAUUCGAGUUGGUUUCCCGCGUGGACCCGGGCGCGGCGCACCGCUACAUGAUGGCGGCGCUGCGGCGCGCGCGCGGCGAGGCCGAGCGCGCGCCGCCCGGCCUCAACCCCGACGCGGCCGAGUUCCGCGCGAAGCCGACCUGCCGCCCGCCGCCCGGCUUUGAGAACUUUACCAAGUAGCGCGUGUCAAUCACGGUAAACUAACUAUUGGUAAACCUCAUUGCGAGGACGUAAGGCCUAUCAAUGGUCAGGUGAGUGUUUUCAAUGUACCCCGCGACCGCCCUACCUCAACCGUCGCGAAGAAUACGGGCCCCUGCUGCUACUUAUUGCUAUGAACCGACGUCUGUGAGGUGACACGAAAGCGAGUUAGAGUCCGUCUUAGCUAACUCUGCACCAAAUUUAAUAUAACAAAAUGAGGGAGUGUCAUUAUAAACGUGAUAUUUUCAUAGAAAUUUUGACUUUAAUUACGACAUUGCCACACAUUAUCAUUACAAAUGUCACGCAGAGUUAGCUUGGUCCGACUUAGUAAUGAGGAACACACUUAACUGACCUUUUUUACGAUAAAUAAAAGUUGUACCUUACUAUACGCUUCUGUCGUACCUACUUAUACAUUAUUUUAGCAUCGAAGUAUAGCCAACUAUAAAAGCUCGGUUAAAGUGUGUUACCAGCUGACGCAUACCAAAAUCACUUUAGGUUUCUAUCGCUAUCGUCAUGUCACUCAUGUCGGCCCGCUCACCGCUCCGCCCGACCUCGUAUUAUUAUACUUAUGUACAGACAGUACAGUUAAAAUACUUUUCGACUAUAAUCCAUAGCCUUGCAAAAAUUCAAUUCGAUUAGGUAUUCGAUCAAAUGGUAUUAUAGUAUUUUGAUGUAGUAUAAGUAUGGCAUGCCUUGGACAGCAGGGUCGAAACAGCCCGUGAUCUUCGCGAGGCAGCAAACAUGUUGACUGAUUAUUGUUAAUAAUAAUACUUAAAUCCGCGACGCGUAAACCUCGUGAGUAAAAUGUUUUGUGAUUGUAAGUUUUUCUGGUCAUUAAAUGGCGCCCUAGUGUAAGCAAUUCGGUAAAAAUGAUUACUCAAAUUAAUCUCUUUUGAUUUAUUUUUUUGUUCUUCCAUUUUGACUUAAGUGUUCAGUUGUUUUUUUUACAUACUUGCAUUUCCGCAAGUAUCCUUCUUUUAUAAUGUUGAUAUUAAUAGUUUAGUAUUAAGUAUAACUCUACUUGUUAAUGUUUCCCGCAUUUGACUACUGUUACAAUAAUCUGUCUUGUUUAGUGCAAAUUGACAUAAAAUUUAUCAAUAAGUAAAAUAUAUCUCUUAUAAGGCUUGUUUGCCAAUAAUUUUAAAGUUUGAAAAGGCAAUAUUUUGACGGCAACUCGUCUUAAGUUUAAGAGCCAUUGUUGAUUGGAUCUGUGAUAGUAGGCCUGGUUGCGUCGUGCCAAGAUAACCUGGACCACUGGGCUAUUGUAAUAACUUUCUCAAUAAACGUUAAAAAAUAUUA